AUGUGCCAUCUCGAGAUGGUGUACCAAGAGCUUGGGAUUCAUGUCAAGUGGGGGGGGGUCGACUUAUCUGACAUGCGCUGCAUCGGAGCAUGGGAGAAUAAUGUUGCGAGGCAGCAGGUGGAUGCUGGAUAUGUCGAGUGCUCACCUGUGUUCUCAAUCGAGCUGAUGGUUGCAUAUGUCCUGCCUGAUGCAGUACAUUCCAACCCACCACUGCACGUCGCCUGGGUCAUCACUAUCACCAUCUCACCCACGCUCCAAGCUCGCGACACGACGUAA